AUGACCCCGAUCGCCAAAGGAGACCUCGUGCUGAUCACCGGCGCCUCUGGCUUUGUAGCCGCUCACAUCACUGAAGAGUUGCUUCGCAGUGGCUACAGAGUCCGAGGUACGGUGAGGUCAGCGGCCAAAGGUGAAUACCUGAAGAAACUCUACCCUGGCCAGCCUUUCGAGUAUGUGAUUAUCAAAGACGUCGAACAGGAUGGAGCUUUGGAUGAAGCAGUCAAGGGAAUCGAUGCGGCGAUCCACUCUGCCUCACCGUGUACCACGACAGGUACUGUUGCUGAGGAGCUUAUUGGGCCAGCCGUGAAGGGUACCACCGAGCUGCUGUACGCCUUGCAGAAGUAUGCUCCUGGAGCCAAAGCAGUAGUGCUCACCUCUUCCACCGCUGCCAUUCAGAAUUUUCGAGGGCCCGAAAACCCUGUGCCUUGGCACGAGACAAGCGCCGACUGGAAUGUGCUAUCAGAGCCGUACAUCGAAAACAACCCUCCCUCCGACCCCAUGUGGGGUACUCAUGCUUACAUGGCCAGUAAAAUCAAAGCUGAGCAAGCAUUUUGGGAGUUUAUGAAAGUCCAUAAACCGACCUGGCAGGGCACCGUCAUUAACCCUCCAUGGAUCUUUGGUCCCGUAUUGCAUGAUUUCAAAGACGUCGCUUCCCUCAACUUGUCAUGUAAGCUUUUCUGGGAUUGGGUGUCCGGAGAGAAGGGAGAGAAGGAUUUGCCGGGGCCUAUCGUUGGGGGUUGGGUCGACGUGAGAGAUGUCGCGAUUGCCCAUGUCAGGGCCCUUGAAAGACCUCAAGCCGCAUCUCAACGAUACAUUGUCUGCGGUGGGAGGCUUGCUGGCCAACACUGGGUUGACGUGCUCCACGCCCACUACCCUGGCCACCCGCUCAUCAAGAAGAAUACCCCGGUGGGCGUGAAGGGUAGUGGCGAUGAGGCGAUCAAGGUUCUCAAUACGCAUGACCAGGUGACGGCUCAAGAAGCGCUGGGGCUAGAGUAUACGAGCCUGGAACAGUCUACCAAGGACAUGUUUGAAACUAUUGCAAAGAAGCUCGGAGUGUUUGAGGAUGCGCCUGUCUAG